GGUGUUUUGCAGUAAUAUUAUUCUUUCUGUAUCUAUUAUUCAUCCGAACCCCGCGAAGAAAAAAUCUAGGGAGAUCCCAGCAUCUCCUCUCCGACCGCGACCUUCCUUAUUAUCGAGACAGCCACCACUCAUUGCUCACUUAUGGCCAGCCACAUCAUCGGCAACCGCAACAGCACUCCGGAAGCUUCCAAGUCUAGCCUUCGUCCGCCUUCCUCUUCUCGAAACCUAGGGUCACAUCAGUUGCGAGCAUCGGCCGACAUGUCGGGAUUCCCGUCUCCGCUGUCCUCCCGCAGCAUCCGUCCAUCGUCCGAGGUUUUCUUCAACCAGCAGUCGCAAAACUCGAAUAACACCGAGGAUCCCUUGGACCGCGCGGCUCAGCAAUGGCUGGCGGACAUUGACCAGUACGAGACCACCCUGGAGGAAAUGGCCGCCGCUACCUUGGAUCAGGACUUCAAGGACGAGCUUAGUGCCAUCGAACAAUGGUUCCGCGUGCUCAGUGAGGCGGAAAGGACCGCUGCGCUCUAUGCUCUUCUGCAGCAAACCACCCAGGUGCAGAUUCGUUUCUUCAUCCAGGUUCUGCAGCAGAUGGCUAAGAGCCACCCCAUGUCGGGCUUGUUGUCCCCGGCCAACUUCGGAGAAAAAGACGCUAUGUCUAAUCGACUCAACGAUGCCAUGGCCAAGUUGAACGUGGACAGCUCUCGAAACUCUCUGGGCCGUCCGCCCCCCUCCCCGGGCGCUAAGCGCAACUCCGGACUCGACUCCUCGACCAUCAACGCCAUGUUCCCUGACGCGGCGGCCGCCAUUGCCAAGAAGAAGGCUGAGUUUACCCAGCAGACCGGCAAUGCGCCUCCCUCCAACCGGAACAGCGCUGUCUUCGGGGACCGCACUUCCUUCGUUGCGCCGACCAUCUCAGCCCCGGACAACACCACCGACAACCUGGGCCAGCCCCCCGUCUCUCCCUGGGUGCAGCGCGGCUCGGAACCUCAGCCUCCCAUUGCUCGACCCAAGUCCUCCUCAGGCCAGCAGCCGAUGGGUCAAUUCAGCCAGAACCCCUCCAGCCUGCGUUCACCCUUGCCCACCCAGACGGCCACCAUCCCCGCUCCGGAAAUCGAUGCCCCUCUGCUCUCUCCUUACAAUGUUGGAAAUGCCAGCUGGGCUUCCAUGACCAACACCCCGAUGACGGCUACAUUUGGGCAGCAGGCGCAGCACCCUCCGCAAAACUCGCAGGCCGAUAUGGUGGCUAACGCUACAGCGAUGAAAUUGGCUGCUUUGUCGACCGUGAACAAUCGGAUUGCACUCGACGAUGCUCGCAAGUACCGCCGUGCCCGCUCGAACGAUGGCCAGGGCAAGAGCUCGGUCAGCCACCUGGGUCCCCCGCCUCUGGCCAGCCCCGGACUUCCCACGCCCAACCAGCUCAUGGCCAAUCAGUUGUUGAAUGCUCAGCAGCUGGCCGCUCUGCAGGCGCAACAGCACGCCGCUAUGGCUGGUCACCGUUCUCGUCCGACGUCGCCUGGAAUCGCCAUGCAGGGCGGUGGCCUGGGACACAUGAACUUCACUUCCCCUCAGAACAACGGUUUUCUCGCUGCGUACGAUCCCAACAACCCGCUCAUGGGUAAUGGGCUGAGCGCGCUAGGCAUGGGACAGUUUGGGUUGGGCGGCCACGAAGGCUACCUCUCGGACCACUCGGAGGUUGCUCGUGGUCGGUCGCCGCGCGGACGUCGGGGCAGCUCGAAGCCGCCAGAGGAUCCCACGGACCCGGCUCUGCUGAAGGAUAUUCCCAGCUGGCUGAGAUCACUCCGGUUGCACAAGUACACUGAGAACCUGAAGGACCUCAAGUGGACGGAGCUGGUUGAGCUGAACGACAAGGCUCUGGAGGAGCGUGGCGUGAAUGCUCUUGGUGCUCGCAACAAGAUGUUGAAGGUGUUUGAGCAAGUGCGCGAAGCCAAGGCCGACGGCAAGCUCGACAACAUCGCUUGAACGAAACGCAGGGAUUGCAUGCGACUAUCCCAACCAUUCCACUCAUUCAUUCCUUCUUGAACUGAACGACGUUUUCUGCUUACAUUCUCUCUAUUGCAUUAAUUGACCUAGAUUGGCUUUGGGCAUAAGUGGCAGGAUCCGAAAUGAACCUAUGAGCGAUCUC